AUGGUCUCCUGUGGUCUCCUAUGGUCUCCUGUAGUCUCCUAUGGUCUCCCUGUAGUCUGCUAUGGUCUCCUGUGGUCUCCGUGGUCUCCCUAUGGUCUCCCCUGUGGCCCUGCCCCUGUAGUCUGCUAUGGUCUCUUAUGGUCUCCUGUGGUCUCCUAUGGUCUCCUGUGGUCUCCUAUGGUCUCCUAUGGUCUCCUAUGGUCUCCUGUGUCUGCUAUGGUCUCCUUAUGGUCUCCUAUGGUCUCCUGUGGUCUCUUGUGGUCUCCUGUGGUCUUGUAUGGUCUCCUCAGAUCUCCUAUUGUCUCCUAUGGUCUCCUGUGGUCUCCUGUGGUGUCCUGUGGCCUGGUUCAUGGUCUCCUGGGUCUCCUAUGGUCUCCUGUGGUCUCCUAUGGUCUCCUGUGGUUCCUGGCCCUGAUCUCCUUGGGUCUCUAUGAUCUCCUGUGGUCUCCUAUGGUCUCCUGUGGUCUAUGGUCUCUGUGA